AUGCCAAAACGGAUCGGCGAGACCCCGCCAUGGCUCUGCCGCCCAUCACCUGGCGCCCGGAUCUUCUCUGACCCAACGCCGCAAGCACCUCCUUCCCCUUCCAAGCGAACUUCAACCGUUAUUCCUCAAGCCACAGAUUACUACGGCCCCAGAAGACUCAUAGCACAACGUGGUACCGAGAUAUUUGCCGCAAUUGGGAACAAGAUCCGAUGGGCCGAACUAGCUCGAACCCGUGUGCAGUGGGAGGAAGAUGCAACGAAGGGCAGUGAACCUCGUCCCGCGUACAGAACGCUAUCAGUACCUGUCUACUACCCUAUCAGACAGCUCAUCAUCUCUCCUUCCGGCCACUUUCUCGCAAUAUGUACAGACUAUACCGUGCAGGUAGCGGUAGUGCCCGACCACUCCAGACUAUCCGAGCAGGACCAGUCUGCUCUCAAGCUCAAGACAUAUCAGCUCGGUCCAACAACUCAUGUGCUCCCAGGAUCGCCGCUCGCUUCCGUCCUCUGGCAUCCCUUGGCCAAUGCGACCACGUCCACUGACUGUCUGGUGACCGUCACCGCCGAGGCUGCUGUGCGGGUUUGGGAGCUGGAUCGUUCCAACCAAUUCUCCUUCGAGCGCCCCGAAUUGGCGGUGGAUCUUCGCAAGCUGGCCGACGGCGUCUCUUGUGAUCAGGAUUUUGAGCCGUCUUCGUUUGGAAAGAGUAGGGGCUUCUCCGUAGACGAUUUUGACAUGGAGGCUGCCGCGUCCUGUUUCGGGGGUCGAGGCGCAGACGACGAAGAUGCUUGGGCCAGCAUGACGCUCUGGACUGCCAUGAAGAAUGGAGACGUGUAUGCACUCUGCCCACUCCUCCCAUCGAAAUGGCAGCCGACAACCACAACCAUCCCGUCACUGUCCACUUCUGCUGUCUCUCGAAUGGCGACAAUCGUCGCGGAGGACGUGGAUGUCGACGAGCGGAGAGCUGCCGAUCAGCAGUAUGAAUGGGUAUCCGAGAUUGACAGCGACGAACCCCUGCCGUACGAUGAUGCAAGUACAGAAUCCGAGACGCGUCUUCGACCGCUUAACCCGAGCGCAAUACCACGACUUCAAGGGCCCUUCGAGAUUGGUGUGGAUGAGGAGGAUGAUAUCGAAAUCACCGAUAUUGUCGUCUUUCCCCCACGCCUUGAUGGAGACGACUUGUAUUCUGGUGAGGAUGAAGCGGACGAUUUUGGUGCCAGCGGCAUGCCAUACACCACUAUCUUGCUUGCAGGCUCUGAUGGAAAGGUUCGCAUCGCCCUGGACCUUGACGGAGUGUCUGGCCAGUGGCUUCCUAAGAAGGGCCGAAGCACAUUCAGUGUGCCAGUGGCUGAGCCUAAGGAACUGACAACCAUCAACACAGUGGAUUUGGGCUUGGAGCGGUCUUUCGGCUCGUCCGACACCGCAACUCCCUUCGUCUCUUUGACACUCGAUACUGUUCAUCGGUAUACUCUAUUUGCCUCAGUGGAGUGGAAAUUAGUCUCCAUUUCCCUUGAUGAAUGGAUCACGCGAAUGGGUAUGGAAUUAUCUGGCGAGGCUGAACCUGACAGCCGAUUGCAGACACGCUUAGAGACCACUCGCCAGAACCAGGUUGCAUUUGCAGAGACGGUUGUUGAGGCCAAAGAUCGGCUAACAGAGCCCUUGUCAGCUCCAGCAAUCAUUGACGAUGACGAUACGGGAUAUCUCGUCCUCAGUUCAUCAUCCUCGUCCGCAUAUGCCGCAGAGUUUGACCGCGGACAGACUCAUGCGCGAAGCUUGCGCCAUUCAACUAGUUUCGCACCCUCACAAAGCCCUCUUAGGCAGAUCACCAACACCGAUAACCAGGAUUCAGCCUCCUCCACAGAUAUUCCGCCUUCCCGCGCAAUCUAUACUCCUUCUCGCGUCUUCGACAACACCGCUGGCCUUCCCCUCACCCAGCUCAAGCAACGCUUGCCGCCACCACAGAAGCGGAUUCUCACCGAGCAGCCCAUGCGCCUCUCUCCAGCGCUCCUCGAUCUCAUGUCCUCUGCGCACCGUACAGUCAGCAUCCAGACUGCCGAGCUCGAAACCGCGGCCGCGGAACUCUUCCGACGCUGUGAGCGCCUACGUGAGGAGCUGGGUGAACAAGUGAAGCAGAUGAGCGAGCUAGCAGACCGCCUGCAGCAUGUAAGGAAUAGUGGGGAGGAGGAUCUGAGGCCUGGGGAGAAGAAAGUCGACCAGGAAACGAGGAUGGAACGGACUAAAGACAAGCAGCGGGAGUUGAAUAGAAGAUUCGAGGAGGUGAGGCGGAAAGUGGGCAAGGUGGGCGCCGGCAAGCGGGAGCUGAGCUUGAAAGAAAAGGCGUGGGUAGAAGAGAUAGAAGGCAUCGGCGAGCGCGUCGGUGUCGGCCUCGAAAGCGGCGACGAGGGGAAGGAGAGAGCGAAGGAGUCGCUUGCCGCGCGUCACGAAACUGUCAAGGAUCUCGCCCAGCAACUCCUCGCCGAGUCCAAGCGCCUGCAAGACCUCCAGGAGCAGCAGCACGAGGACCAGCUCGCGAGCUCGAAGGCCUCGCUCGUCAGCAGCACCAGUAGCGGCGGAGGCCGCCGGACCUCGGGAUUCCUCGUCAGCUCGCGGCAUCAGAAGGAGCGCAUCGCCGAGGUGAUGGCGUUGGUGGAGCGCGAGGGAGCUGUCAUUGAGGCCGUCACGGGCCGCUUGGAGCGGUUGAAGAUCGAUAGUGGACUGUAA